AAUAUAGAAACCCAGAUGAUUGUGCAAGAGUGCCGAGUGCUUGGCGCCUUGAUAAUGCAUCGCGUGAAAACCAAUUUUCCGCAAGCGAAGGCAUUCGAUUUGCGUCAGCGGCACAACCCCGGAGUCACUGCUCGGUGCAAGGACACUCACUGUCUGGCGCUCUCUCAAGAAGACGCUGUGCGUAUUUGUGAACGUCAGACCUCAUCAAGUGAGCAAGGCUUCGACACUUCGCUAAGACUUUGUCGCCUAACGGUUCCCGCUAAGACGGUCAAAGUACUCAAGCCGCAGCAAAGCCUAACAUCAACAAUGGUUGACGAGUGGAAAGAUGGCUCCCAGGUUGCGGGCUUCUAUCAAGGUCGAGUUGUGUUCAUCACCGGUGGGACGGGCUUCAUUGGAAAGGUUCUGCUGGAGAAGCUGCUCCGAUCUUGUUCUGGAUUGAAGCGGGUCUACCUUCUCGUGCGCAGCAAGCGCGGGGAAAAUCCACAGGCGAGGCUCGAGAAGCUGUUCGACUCUCAGAUGUUCGAACGCCUGAAGCAAGAGCAGCCAGAUGCUUUUGAAAAAGUGACAGCGCUGGAAGGAGACCUGAGUGAGCCAAACUUGGGACUCAGUGUGCUUGAUCAGGCCGCCUUGGUGAAUAGUGUCUCCGUCGUCUUUCACUCAGGUGCCACGGUCAAGUUCGAUGAACCUCUCAGGCAAUUAACGGGGAAGAGAUGUGCGUGCGUGCUUUGUUCACGUGUCAGCGAUGUGAAAAGUUUUCAUUUCAGGAAAGCGGCUGAGCUCAACAUAUUGGGCACAAGGCGUGUUCUGGAUCUCUGCAAACAAAUGCCAAAUAUUUGUGCGUUUGUACACGUUUCAACAGCGUACUGCAACCCUGAGAAGCAAGAGGUGCUUGAGAUUAUAUACCCACCGCCUAUAGGCGCCGACAAACUUGUUGCAGCUAUUCAAUGCACAAACAAAGAUGGGACAGGGCCUAAAGAAGACUGCUUGUUUGGGCUGCCGAAUACGUACACUCUGACCAAGAGAGUAGCCGAAUCACUGCUGCUGGAAGAACGGGGAGACAUUCCCGUCGCCAUCGUACGGCCUUCCAUCGUCUCUGCAUCGAUCAGAGAGCCACUUCCGGGUUGGGUAGACAAUUAUAACGGCUGCACCGGAAUCAUUGUCACGGUAGGGUUGGGACUGCUCCAAUCAGUAUUGGCGAAAAAGAAGAGUGUAGUGGACUUCAUUCCAGUAGAUGUUGUGACUAAUAUGCUAAUUUGCGCUGCCUGGCACAUUGCCGAAACAAGACCGAAGCACAUCGAGGUGUACCACUGCACGAGCGGCGCUCUGACACCACACACGUGGAUCCAUAUGGCUGGCAGGAUGCAGCGAGCUAUGUUGCGAACCCCGUUGCCAAAUGCGCUUCGUUACCCCAAGUUCCACAUGACCGGCAACCAACAGUGGCACAACAUCAACCUCUGGUGUUUCCAUUAUCUGCCAGCGUGCGUCGUAGACCUGGCCUUGCAGCUAUGCGGACAGAAGCCCAGGUUCGUACACCUCUACCAGAAGAUUUGCAAAGGGAUGAAUUCUUUGCAGUACUUCAUGACUCACGAAUGGCUGUUCAGGUCGAAUAAUGCCUUGGAACUUCUGCAAGAACUCUCUCCCACGGACGCUCAGGCAAGUAUAAUAUACAAGUGGGCGUUACGAUGGUGUGAUGGCGCUACCGCUGCCAUCAGAUUCCGUGUGUUCAACUUCGACGUGCGGCGCCUCGAAUGGAGUCCAUACUUCGAAGGCUACAUGUUGGGAAUUCGCAAGUACCUCCUGAAAGUUGAAGAUUCCGAACUGCCACAAGCACGGAAACACUUGAGACGACUCAACGCCGUGCGCUGGUUCGGGUACUUGGCCCUGGUCGCGAUUCCUUGGGGACUUGUGGCAACGCUGACGACUUGGGACGUCUGCUGCUCAGUACGUGGCUUCGCCACGGGGCUCUGCGACAUGCUUGGCUUCCAGUGGCUCCUGUGAUUCUCGCCAUCGCCAAAACACUGAGAGUGGUGCACUGUAACGAAAAUUGAGCAUGUAAUGUAUUUUAAAGGCGCAGGCAAACGAAAUGGCGACGACGCUGGUUAGCUCUGGUGGAUUCGUUACUUUAGCUAUGUUUCCGCACACUCUGCCAGGCUGUUCCCAGCCACUUAUUGAGCAAUUCACACCUCCUGUGCAGGCAUUGAGGGUAAUCGUCGCUCUAAGACCUAUGGUGCUUCAAAGUUCGGAAGUAAAAAAGGACUUCAUUCCUCAAUUACAAAGUUUCGCAUCAGAACCUACCACAAGAGCCAAGGAAACUACACUGAUAGCCUACACAAUACAGGUAGCUCGAAUCGCUUAAUAUAAAUGGAUCUCCGACUCCAUUUCUCAGUCUCUCGAAAGUUAUUUGGUGGCACAUAAUACUGUUUAACCCUUUUUGACUAGUGUUGCCUAAAGACAACGAAUUUUCCAGAAUUUUUUUCUUGCCGAGCUUGAAUAUUGAGUACAAAGUUUCUUGCUAAAUGUCCUCCAUCAACGCUGAAUGACAGGUAGGAAGCGUCAUUUGUUGGUUUAAGGCAGGAACACUGGACGAGGAAGAAGAAUUUUGGCACGCGACUCACUGUCAUUUGAAACCAAGGUCAUAGGAUACAGGCCAACGCAAGCUAUCCAGCUGCAUUGGUGUCACACAUAUGAUAUAAAGGAAAUGAAAUGUACAGCCAUGGUUCACAUGAAGAGAGUUGUCUAUACAAAUUAAAAACGAAGUCUUAGGUAACUUGAGGUGAAGUGCAGUUCCAGUUUCCUGCCUGGGGGUUUCCCCUGAUUGCUGAAAAAAUUUCCGCGAAAUAUAUUUUUUUUUAUUUUUGAUGAUUAUGCUUAUGCUUCAUUUGCUUUACACAUCUAGAUUGAAAUUAAAUAUUUUUAUGGUAUUUAUACGUCUCGUCCUUAAAAGGUUUAGGCUUAACAAGACCCAUUCUUCAUUUUAGUCAUAAGUGUGGUACUUUUAUCUGUAACCCCGCGUUCAUGAAUCAUUUGUCAUGAUCCAAUUUUUAGAUGGCCUGAACUACACUAGUUAUUUAUAUCCGCAGCUCUCGUGCGAAGUAAAAACAACAACCGAACGGCUAUCAGAAUAAUGCUUAACGCAACGUUUGGAGCAAAGAUAACUACAGUCAAAUGCCUUUAUAGUUAAGUGCUUGGUGCCUCUGAAAUUAUUCGUAAUACAAGUCACUUCGUUGUAAAGGUCGUGCACCUCACAUUUCACAAUAGAACUCGGACAUAGGUAUUCCUUCGUCACAGAAGUCAUUUAAUUAUAGAGCCGUUAGUUAUAGAGGCGCUUGAUUGUAUUAGUUUGGAGCUUUUUUUUUUUCGUCGAUACUGAUGACAAAUUUAUCCAUUUCCUCAAAAUGUGCUUGAAUACAUAAAGUAUACGCAUGCAAAGCGUGUUCUCAAAAUAAACAAAAAACUGCUUAUUUUAAUAAAUAAUUGGGGUAAAUCAUUUUGUGUGUUGGAUUCUUUUCAAACUAGCCGCGACGUUUAUUCGUGCUUGUUUUUAUAGAGCGAUGUGCAUGUUGGUAGAAAUUUUCCUAAGUCAUUUCUUUGAAACGUUUGGCAAACGGAGCCCCAUUUGCUAAAAGGAGGCGUAAAGGGAGG